CUCCGACAUGCGCGUCCAGGCGUCUCUCUUCGCGUUCUCCGCGGCCAGCGCUGCUGCCUCCGGUGUGCAGACGACGGAGCGCUCUCUCGGCGCGCUCGUGAACUGUCCUGCCGUGCGCUCGGCCGCGUCCCCGUGCCUCUGGGCGGGCGAGAACGGCGAGGUCGUCGCCUCGGAGACUCUGCGGGAGCUGCUCGUCCAGCGCAACCUCGUGUCCUUCGGCGACCGCGAGCCCAUGCACCGCAACCUGCAGGCGCACAUGACAUACAUCGAAGACGUGUUCAUGUACUCCAAGAGCGUGGGCCACGACUUCUCCUAUCGCAUGGGCGUGAACGAGCAUCACUUGACGUCGUCCACGCGGCGCAGACUCUCGCCGCAGCAGCUCGUGGACCAGGAAGUCAAGUCGGCGCGCUCCCGUCGCCUCAUGACGGAGGCCAGCGGCAGCACAGCCACGGGGACCAUCACGGUGUCGAGCUCCGGCAGCUCCGAGUACUGGAACUGGUGCGACACGGACAACUCGUUCGGCUAUAGCGUGUGCUCUUCGGUCAAGAGCCAGCAGAACUGCGGGAGUUGCUGGGCCUUCGCCGCUGCGGAUGCCAUCGAGACUGCGGUGGUGAUUGCGGAGAACGCGUCGGCGGCUGUGUCGCUCUCGCCGCAGCAGUUCCUGACGUGCAGCACGCUCGAGACGACGCAGACUUUCGAUUACUGCUGGGCUUCGGACAACGGCGUGGAUGGCGCUACUUGGAUGGAGACGGAGAUCAAGUGGGAGUCACAGAACAACGGCUGCAACGGUGGCAUGACGCACGGCGCCUUCAUCGAUGCCGCGCAGAACGGGUGGGGUCUCGUGACGGAGCUCACGAUGCCCUACGACGACUCGGGCUCGAGCAGUACGUCGUCCAAUAAUGCUUCGUCAGCGUGCUCUGUGAGCGCUAACGAAACGGCUGCCAGCAUCACGGGCUGGGAACAAGUUGUCGGCGCGGAUUGCACGGCAUCCAGCAACUGCACGAUCUUGCUUCGGUCUGCGCUCGAGAAGCAGCCGAUUGCCGUCGCCAUCAACUCAGAGGACCCAUUCGGCGACUACGCAGGUGGCUUCUACAGCUGCCCCAACAAUGGCGACCUGUCCUCGAAGGAUGACGUGAACCACGCCCUGCUGCUUGUGGGAUACGGCACGGAUGCUACGGAGGGUGAUUACUGGAUCCUCAAGAACUCGUACGGCAGCUCCUGGGGCGCUAGCGGCUUCAUGAAGCUGGUCGCCGAUGCCAAGGUGAACUGUGGCCUGAACAUCUUCCCCGUCAUCCCCACGGGUGCCUCGGCUGGCGCUGCGGCGAGUACCAGCGUCGACAGCGGCGGUGACAAGGUCUUCGUGGGCUUGAGUCCGACGGCGUGGAUCGCUGUUGCAGCCGUGACGACUAUUUUCACGGUGGUGACGACGGCCAUCGGCAUGCUUGUGUCGAACCGGAAGCUCAAGACGAUCCGUAAGCAGAACUCGGCAAUGUACGCGGCUCGUAACCAGAACAACGCCCAAGCGGCGGCGCGCUAG